AAAAAAUAAAGCUUUGACAAUUAGCUUUAAUGAGUACGUGCAACGAAAAUAUUUACAAAUAUCUUGAUAUUUAUUAUGAAAUAUUAUUUCCAUACGAAGAGCUAUGUACUUGGUUAGGUUAUGGAGACGUCGCCACCAUAUCAUUUAGAGAAUUUUCAUUGAGACUAUUAAAUCAAUUGUUCAUUAGAAAUAAAUCUUUUCCAAUUCCUAGUCAGAUGAAGGCAACUAUUCUUAAGGAACUUCCAAUAGCAAUAAAUAUUGGAGCGAUAUACAACACGCCUCCGCGCUGCAAAAGUAUAGCAAAGUUCUUUGUCGAGAAGGAACUGGUCUUUGAUGUAGAUAUUUCUGACUACGACGACGUGAGGACGUGCUGCAAGGGAUCUGAUAUCUGUACAAGAUGUUGGAAGUACAUUGUUAUCGCCUGCAAAAUAUUAAAUAUAUGUUUAAGACAUGAUUUUGGUUACGAUCAUAUACUGUGGAUCUUUUCUGGAAGAAGAGGAAUACAUUGUUGGGUUUGCGAUAAAGCUGCCAGAAUAUUGAAUCAAGGUAAACGCAAUGGGAUAUUGAACUAUAUGCGACAUGAAACGUUAAAGUGUUUCAUCAACGAGGACCAUUUCGAAAUAAGAAAGUUGAAUUAUUACGACAGGCGCGUUCUUGCGAUCAUAGAGCCUGAAUUUAUACCUUUAUGCAUCGUAGAUCAAAAUCUACUUGGUACGGAGGAGGGAGUCGAUUAUUUUCUGGCUCUACUUCCCGAUAACGAGGCACAGACAGACGUCAAGCAGUUAUUUAAUGAUCGCAUAAGCAGUAUCGAUAGAUGGAACUCAUUUACCGAAUAUCAUAAAAAUAUGAUUAAUUCCGGCAUACAUUAUUGGAAGGGACUGGAGGAAUAUCCAGAUCAUGUAAAGUUGCACUAUUGCGGUCCAAGAUUUGAUAGGAAUGUAACGGAGGGUACAACGCAUUUGUUGAGAUGCCCAUUUUCUGUGCACAAUGAAACUGGCAAAAUCGUUAUACCGUUCGAUUUAGCCGAAGUAGAAAAGUUUGAUCCGUCGGCCAUUCCUACGAUAAAACAGUUGAUUACCGAAAUUAAUAUUCUAAGGAGAAAUCGGUCGAUCGAAGGAGACGUAGGUUAUGCAAGUGAUUAUCACGAGACUAGUUUAAGGAAACCUAUGGAUAUUUUUCAAAGAUUUGUAAAACGAGUAAUACAGACAAAGUCAAAUUAUAAUCAAUAUUAAAUGAAGUUUAUCGUUAAACCGGUUGUGGAGUAUACUUAAAUGGAACUUUUCCUCUGCAUUUCUAUUCGCCUUUAUCCCCAAAGUAUAUCGUCAUCGUUUUGCAGAGAUAUUUUCUCACGUGUCCUUAGGGCCCUUAAUGGUUAGCAAAGAAUAGAUCAAUUAAAAGGUCUCUCUUCUCAAGACUUUUAUUCUCAAAUGUUCUCAAGGGUGAAUUUGCAUCAUCGUCGUUGGACGAUCACUUUUUGUUUUCAGCGUAUAGCAUAUAGCACAUGGCACAUACAUUGUUGGAUUAUAUAGCACUAGGAACGGCCAAGAUGGCAGGGACAACGAGAAAAAGUUUAUUGGAUGUGGUGGAAAAAAAUUUAAAGAUUAUUAACUAUAGUACAUACAUAACACGAUUCUCAUAUUUUGGAGAAUAUUUUCAUAGUUCGGAAGAACUCCAAGAGGUUGCCCUAAAUGAUAUUUUGGCCCGAUAUACAUUGCUCAUAAAGACCCGUUAAACUUUGAUGAACUUUUUUUACCCUGCAUUUCUUACAGGUAAUGAAAAGGAUCGUCAAAGGACUGCACGGUAAUUUGAACGAAAAUCUCGUAACCGGUUUGUUACUCAUUUAUCCAAGAUUUUACAUACAUCUGUUGGAGGUACGUAAAAUUGCAAAAUUGUGAUAAACGAAACUGAACAAAAAAAAAAAACAAAAAAAAAAAAAAAGAAAAGAAAAACAAAGGAACAGCACAAUAAAAUCGCCACAAGUUUGGCGUGUGUGAAGGUUAUUAAAAAAAGACUUGGGAAAGGAGAUGAGAGAUGAAAGGACAGGAAUGAUGGGAGAGAUAAGGAGAUGACAUAAGGAGAUGCGCACUCAUUCCGAGUAACUUAAUUCGAUAAGUUUAUGUAAAUAGGCGCCGGAAGACAUAAUUUACAUGCAUGUCAAAGGCAUCUGUGAGAAUAAGAACGGAGAAGAAAAAUUUGGUAAGGCUAUUGUUUUACCGACGUAUCAUCACGUUAAUCACGUGAGUUAUCAACGUAAAAGGCAAGGCGCCUGCAUAGCUUUGUUAUAGCUUUGUUAUAGCUUUGUUAUAGCUUUGUUAUAGCUUUGUUAUAGCUUCUGUUUUCCUUCCAUUGUUCUCGUAGAGAUUUUUCAUCGAUUGGUUUCACGUUUACACGCUGGCACCUAGCUUAUUGGAAAGGAUAGAAAAGCAAACGCUAGAGGAUAUCAAAAGACAAAUUUCAAAUUGCUGCAUGAAAUUAUAUCAUCUGUGUGACUAUAUAUCAAGAGUAAUGCGCGACGAUAUACAAUUUGGCCAGCUACGUCGGACAAUAUGCCUCGUUAUGGCGCGUUGGAGAAAUGCGUCGAUCGAGAAAAAGGCGAAGAUCCAAUGAGGAAGAAAACAUAGACUUGCGUAAUGUUCAAUUUGACGAUAUCAUCGAACGUGUUUUAUUUUCUAUUAUGUUAGUUAUAUCACGACGAGAAACCUAAGUAGGAGACUUUUCGAGCCUUGUGAAAUUUUUUGCGUUAACAUUUACGAGUUGAAAAUAAACGAUCAGAGUUAUUAUUCAUCGUAUCGUCAACAUUUACGACCGAACUCGAACAUGCGAAAGGACGAACAAAGUUCGUCCUUUUAUUUGGUGCGUAUCUCUGUGUGUUUUCUUUGAUUUCGUGUAAAAUUUCUUACAAGGAUAAAUUACGCAUUUUCCAAUUUAUCAAUCACUAACGUGUACAUAUGUCGAUAGUACAUUCGAUUAUGUACCAACAUCAAUUCCAUCAAUGGCAAUAAUAAUUAACAAUUCAUUUAGUAAACAUUAUAUAGUCAGAUUUCUCAGAGAUAUAACUUAAUGUCUAGCGAUCGAAAGAACACAUUCACGUAGAAGUUUAGAGAAAAGUUCAGUUUCGACGUUAUUUUAUUAACAAAUGACUCUGGCGGAAAGACAGACGCUUUCUCAGCUAUGUACCUAAACGCCGUAUAAACUUUAUUCGGACCUUUCAGCUUCAACUUUUCUCUCUCCCCUCUUUCUUUUUUAUCCUUUUCACUGCUUCAAAUAUUUUUCUGUUACUCGCUUCAAAGUUGGUAUUUACAAGACGAAGCAAAAUGUCAUCCACUUUCUAUGCAUCCCCUUAAUCUUAAAUCGCGGAAAUGGAAAUCGAUUUAUUUUCUUUCUACGUUAGAACAUAGGUAACGUACCGUCGUCGUAUCGCCGGCGCCGGUAACGAAAUCGAUAAUCGACGAAAGCCAUACACUCGCACAUUUUGCUCUUUUAUACAAAUUUGCAGAUCUACAGGAAGGAACCACGGUUGAAACGCGGCUGAAACGCGACAGCCCUCCUCGUCGCGUGACGCAGAGGGUGUGUAUUCGCACGGCCGGGCAUAUUCGUCCUUAUAACGAUUAACGAUACGUUCAGUUAUAAUACAUGGGAGAGGCAACGAGAAAUGUGACCUCCGGUGAUACAUUAGAUUUCCAACAAGAUUUUCUUAAGCAUCGAAACAGGCAGUAAUUUUUAGGACUAUCGCAAUUACGUACCACGAGUGACAGACUUAACUUAAUUAAAUCGGCAUUCAUCUAAUUUGAAGAGUUAAGAUAAAGAUUCAUUCUUCUUUUUUUUCCCCUUCUUUAUAAAACAACGCUCAUAUUUGUGUGUCGUUAGUACGGUUACUCGCAAAACGGGGGAAAUGUUAUUUUCUUUUAAAGACAUUAUCAUACAGAUAGUUAACGUUACAAUAAAAUCCAGAAUAUUGUAGACUGAAAGAAACCAGGGGACUUGCUUUGACUGUUUUCGUCGUCGUCAACGUCGUCGUUCGUUUUCUUUUUUCCUUUUUUUUCUUUUUUUCCCCUUUUUCUUUUUUUUUUUUUUUUUUUUUUUUGUUCGAACGCGUUAUUCCUUUACACACACA